CGGUGCGAAUCGUCAGUGUAUAAUACUGUGAAAAUUAAAUCAAUGUUCGAAUAUCUACUUUUUAGUAGUUGCAUAGAUUUAUUUUCCAGAUUCGCCAUCAUCCAGCUUCCAAUUAUUAAAAUAGUAAAAAAAUAUUAUUACCGAAGUUCCCUGUACUGUUACAAUGAAAUUUAAAUUAAUGCUUUGGUUACAAAAGUGUCUCUACCUAAAUGUUUACUUAUAUACAACUUGGAUAUUUGUAGUAGCAUUUUUUCUUUAUACAAAGCUGGAUAUUUUGGGUCACCUAACAAAGUAUUUAUCCAUAACUGUAUUUACAUUAAUUGUUGUAAUUGAAUAUGCAAGACUUUAUCUUGGUCAUUAUGGAAAUUUAUCAUGUCGGGUGCCAGAAUUAGCAGGAUUUCUCAUGGUGACUGUAUUAAUGCAGAUACCACUAGUCAGUUUUUUUUUAUUCAACCCAUAUUUAUUAAGCACUCCUACAGAAAUAAUAUUACAUGCUGUCCUAUGGGGUCUAACACUUGCUGAAAUAGUGCUUAGUUAUUUAGCACUAAAACAGGCAUCCUCUUUAGCAAAAAGUAUUUAUUUAAGACAAAUAACACAAACAGGAAUGACUCACCAUGAUGCGGCUAGCGUAGAGCGUGCAGAGCCGGCGCGGCGGGAGGACUGUAGGUGCGGGCGGCGCGGCGACGGUCGGCGACCAUUCGCAGGCAGCGUGCAGCGCCGUUCCUUCUCACUUCCCUCCUGGUCGAAUGCUCAUACGUUAGGAGUGCGCAUGCCCGCCGAUGCAGACCGCCGCGUUUCUGUAACGAUUGCGUUUGCCAGACAGGUACGCGACUGGCUGUCUCCACCAACAAGAGGGAAAUUUGAACAAUGCAGCAAACAGAUGUAAAUGCGUCACUGUCAUUUUCAGUUGUUUGUUUUAUUUGUUUCGAUGAUAUUGUUGUGAACUAUUUCUUAAAUAAUGCCACUAUGAUCUUUGGAGUGAUUAUCUUUUGCUUUUGUAUGUAUAUAUAAUGUAUUAAUAAUGUCUGUUAGGUAGCCUACGUAUAAGUAUUAGGUUUCAGUUUUCAUCGUUUCAAAUUAGCCUUUAGGAAUAGUUUAGCUUAUUAAU